AGUACAAUACAUAUAUCGUAUAUCCGUUAUUUCUUGCCUAGGUUGCCCGUCAACCACGACCCGAACCAAACAUCUCCUGCUGCGCAUGUUCACCAUUUUUCCUUCGCCCAUCACUACCGUCCUCCCAAGAUUUGCUUUGACGUCAAGCGACCCGGCUUAACACGACACCGAUCUUGCCUGCCGCUUCUGGCUGUGCCGCUUCCAACUCCACCCAUAAUAAUUGAAUUACCACUGCACGAACCAGAUGCGCACCUUCAAUGCCGGUCGUUGAGACGCAUCCUGCGACUCCAUGACGCCCGAGGAUAAUGCGCAGCGACGCGAUCGUUCCGCGAGCAGCUCCAUACCCUUGCAGACCCUCCGGACGGGAGCAGAUAGAUUAGGCGACAUAUCCAGGAGCGAUUCCCAUAGGAGGACCUUAAGUGAUCGAGGACGAGAACUGUUUGGCAACAAUCGCUCUCCCGGCCGAACCGCCUAUUCACGGAUCGAGCGCGAAUCGCCGACGCGAAGCACACCCGCUGUUCCUCCGAUCGCAUUUGUCACCAGCCCAUCCGGACAGCAUGAGAGGAUAUCAGUCGAGGAUGAUGAGCCGGGUCUCUCUCCCGUCGCCGAUAGAGGCGCCUUCCAGGCUGCCAUCGGGUUCGCCGGUCUCAGCUUCAAUAUGGGAACAGCAGAGGAUGAUAUGGACAAUGAGAUGACGCCGCCACGGCGCUCACAGCAAGGGCGCAUGCGGAGGGACUCGAUCGAGUCUCUGGAUGGACCAGCACCAGGCACGCGGACACCACAGGAGGAUCUCUAUGGGACCACUGUGCAGAAUGGCGAUGGGCAAGCCUUUUUGUCCGCGGGCGGCGUUGAUGAUGAUACUGAACCGCUGACCUCUCCUCCCUCAAGAUCUCCCAAUGACCACUCUCCGAAUGGCUCUCGGCGUGGUAAUCAAUUCUUGAAUGUGGAUACGGCGUAUACCUCAGGUGCAGAUACGAGCCUCUCACCUACGAAUCGUCGCCGGCCGCUUUCCUCGUCAACACUGCGUCGCACCGGCGAGCUGCUACGGCAAGCUUCCACGCGCGUGGUCAAUCUGAGCCACGAACCAGACGACAUAGAACGCGAAAUCCGGAGGAAGUCUGCAGUGCCGCCCAAUUCGAAUCCUCUGCCUCUACCCUCAGGCUCGGCGACGCAAAGCUUCAUCGAACUAGGAUUUGGAAUGGAUGGCACCUCGCAUGGCGCAUAUCCUCCUCCGUCGCCUAUCAGUGAAAAGAUGCCUUCGCCCACUGUGGAGGCGGUCACAUUCCCGGAAUAUCGACCACGGACAGACCUGAAUCCUUUGCGAGGCAAAUCAUUAGGGCUGCUCUCUCCAACAAACUCAUUACGCCUCUGGCUGCUCAAUUUCUUGGUUCAUCCGCUAGUUGAACCUAUUAUCCUAAUAUUAAUCAUCAUCCAGACAGUCGUUUUAGCUAUUAAUUGUGCUUCGAAUGUCUACGAUCAUCCGCGACCCUCAUAUUUCGGUACGGACUGGACAGACUGGGUGCUGUUGGGAAUUUUCAUCUUUUACACGGCUGAGAUGGUCAUCAAAAUCAUGGUUUCGGGCUUCAUUCUCAACCCCACAGAGUACAGCACGAUCGACAGAAGUAUUGGGAUACAGAAGGCCCUCAAGAAGAAGGCCAAUGAGAUUUUCACUCUCCAUCGGCAGCCUUCUAACCGAAAACUCCGCGGAUCCGCGACAAAGGAUUUCAAGGCGCCGGACUCCUUGUUACGCUCCUUCACGAUGAACGACAUGGAUGCAAUCCCUGGAACAUCACGAGACAAGCAAAAGAAACGACUGGCAUAUCGAGCUUUUUUACGACAUUCAUUCAACCGACUGGAUUUUGUGGCCGUGGUCUCGUUCUGGAUCAGCUUUGUCCUCGCCGCCGCUGGCAUCGAAUCACAAUAUCAGCUUUACGUCUUUCGCAUGAUGAGCUGUCUUCGUAUCUUACGAUUAUUGUCCAUUACGAGCGGAACCUCUGUCAUUCUACGAAGUCUAAAGCGUGCAGCGCCGACACUUUUGAACGUCGCUUUUCUGAUCGGUUUCUUCUGGCUAUUAUUUGCCAUCAUUGGCGUACAAAUUUUCAAGUCCAGCCUCCGCCGACAGUGUACCUACAUGCCUGGCACAGACGGCGCAUACACACAGAACAUGCCACCGCCCGGGGGCAGCUUUCAAUUCUGUGGAGGUUGGCUCAAUCUAGACGGCCAACCGAUGCCCUGGCUAAAGGCUGAUGGCACAAAUGGAACGACCCAACAUAAAGGCUUUCUCUGCCCAGUGCUGUCGCAGUGCAUAGAAGGCGAGAAUCCCUACAACAAUACCGUCAGCUUCGACAACAUCAUCCAGUCGGCCGAGAUGGUGUUUGUCAUCAUGACAUCUAACACAUUCACCGACAUCAUGUACUUUCUCACUGACACGGAUUACCUGGCAGCCGCCCUCUUUGCUGCAUGUGGCAUCAUCUUCUUGACCUUCUGGCUGGUGUCUCUGCUCAUUGCUGUCAUCACGUCGUCUUUUCAGGUCAUUCGUGAAGAAAGUCGCACUAGUGCGUUUACCGCACAAGAUGAUCCUGCCGAGGACCAUCCAGUCGACGAUGACGAGAAGGCGGAGCGCUUGGAACAGCAACGACCGUCGGCCUUGAAAUGGAUCUAUCAAAAGAGCUAUUGGUUCUGGAUCGUCAUCAUUGUGUUCGAUCUUGUCAUGCACAGCCUUCGCACUGCCACCAUGGGAAGCUUCAAGAGCAAUCUGAUCAGUAACGUCGAGCUCAUCGUCACAGCAGCGCUGAUUUUCGAGAUUUCAUUCCGAUUCGUGUCCGAUUGGAGAGACUUCUCUCACCAUCGAAGGAACUGGUUUGAUUUAUUCCUCGCCAUCAUCACCGGCAUCAUACAAAUCCCGGUCAUCAGGAAGUCAGGCACUAUCUAUGCAUGGCUUACAAUCUUCCAAAUUCUGCGCUUCUACCGGGUCGUUCUCGCCGUGCAACUGACCCGCGACCUGAUCCUCCUUGUUCUGAGACACGUUUCUGGUAUCACCAAUCUUAUAAUGUUCGUGUUCUUGCUUACCUUCUUGGCCUCCAUUUUUGCCGCUCAGCUGUUCCGCGGUCAGCUCCCUAUCUUGGAUGGCAACGGCAAUUAUGUGCAAAUAACAUUUGCGACCAUGUUCAACUCCUUCCUCGGCAUGUAUCAAAUCUUGUCGUCUGAGAACUGGACGAGCAUUCUCUACAACAUUCAACGUUUCAACACGAUCCAUAACACCGCCUGGAUCGGAUCUGUCUUCUUCAUCAUCUGGUACAUUCUGGCGAAUCUCAUCGUCUUGAAUAUGUUUAUUGCUGUCAUUCAGGAGAAUUUCGAUGUUUCUGAGGAUCAGAAGCGAAUGCAGCAAGUUCGUGCAUUCCUGCAGCAGAAGGAGAUGGGCAGUUCUGGUGGUGGCACACUUGCGCUGUCCUCCAUCUUCAAAUUCGGUCGAGUGCAUCAGCAGGAUCCUCUAGACUAUGGUGCGGCUGCGACCGAAAUGUUACUCAAAGAUGCCGUGGUACGAGAUUUCCUCGACGAACAAGACAUCAAUCCAGGCAUCAGGCGUACUAGCACACAUCUCAGUGGUUUCGGAGCACCGAAGCGCGCCAAUUCCUGGUUACCUCGGAUCUUCGAACGUGUCAAGAACAGCGUGUGGGAUCGCGAGCCUAAUCCAUUCUACUCGCGGCUCCAAUUGACGAAGCCUCACGAAGAGCUCGACCCUGGCACUUUGGCGAGAGAGGUCGUCGAUGCUGCAGAGCGCCGCAAAGUCUCACAGCGGCGUUACCUGGCAAAACACCCCAUGUACAAUGUUUCCCUCUUCAUCUUCAAGCAUGACAAUCCUAUUCGAAAAUGGUGCCAACGCAUCGUCGGUCCUGGCCGUGGUGUGCGCAUCGAGGGUGUUACCCCUAACCUCACCAUCUGGUACAUCUUUUCCGCUUUUAUCUACCUGGCCAUCGUAGGAAUGGUCCUACUCGCUUGUGUCACCACUCCAUUAUUUCAACUCGAAUACUUCAAUGGGAAUCGUGGCAACAAAGACGUCAGCGACACCCGCAAUUGGUUCGUCUUUUCUGACAUUGGCUUCGCGGCACUCUUCACGAUCGAAGCAUUGAUCAAAGUCGUCGCCGAUGGUUUCUUCUGGACUCCCAACGCCUACUUCCAUAGCUCAUGGGGAUUCAUCGAUGGUGUCGUGCUUGUCACACUAUGGGCUAAUGUCGUCACCUCCCUCACAAAUCCUGGUAGUGGCUCACGUGCUGUUGGCGCGUUCAAAGCACUCCGUGCGCUUCGAUUGUUGAACGUCAGCGACAGUGCGCGGGAUACGUUCCACUCGGUCAUCAUCCUCGGCGGCUGGAAGGUUGUUAGUGCCGCCUUCGUGUCGCUCAGCUUGCUCAUCCCAUUCGCCAUUUACGGACUCAAUCUUUUUGCUGGCAAAAUGGAUUGGUGUAAUGAUUGGCAACAGUACGAUGUCUUCAACCUGACUGAUUGUGUGGGUGAAUCAACUUUCUCGCCCAAUGGCUGGAAUAUCAUCGGACCUCGACGAGUCGCGCCCUUUAACACCAACUACGAUUUCGAUACAUUCGGCGAUUCGUUAUUCCUCCUGUUCCAAAUUGUCUCGCAGGAGGGAUGGGUCGAUGUCAUGUGGAGUGCGCAGUCCAUCACAGGGGUCUUUACUCAGCCGGCUUGGUUUGCCCAGCAAGGCAACGCCGCCUUUUUCGUCAUUUUCAACUUGCUCGGUGCAGUCUUCGUGUUGACGCUGUUUGUUUCCGUCUUCAUGCGGAAUUACACGGAACAGACCGGUGUAGCAUUCUUGACAUCUGAGCAAAGAUCUUGGCUCGAAUUGAGGAGAUUGCUACGACAAGUGGCUCCUUCGAAACGACCCAAUCCGAAUCAAAAUCGAAAACAAUGGCAGGCGUGGUGCUACCGGUGUGCCGUCACCAAGAACGGAGCCUGGCAACGAUCAGUGACGGUUGUACUCAUCUUACAUCUCAUUCUGCUCUGCUGUGAAUUCUAUCCUGAGCCGAAGUGGUGGACCGUUACGCGGAUGGGCAUCUUCUUCAUCUUCCUUUGGGUUUACAUCGCCAACGUCAUCGUUCGACUGAUCGGACUCUCUUGGACACGAUUCCGUCGAAGCGCCUGGGACGUAUACGCACUCGUGACAGUCACCGGCACUUUCAUCACCGCCGUCAUGGGAUUCAUCAGUCUCGGUGGUGGUCUGUUCGGUCAAGUGCACAAGCUCUUCCUGGUCUCGCUGGCGUUGCUGCUCAUCCCACGCAACAAUCAACUCGAUCAGCUUUUCAAGACUGCGGCAGCGAGCUUCAGUGCGAUUUCAAACCUCCUCGCGACAUGGUUCGUGCUGUUCUUAGUCUACGCCAUUGCAUUUACUCAGGCAUUCGGUCUCACCCGCUUCGGACCCAACGAGAAUGACAACAUCAAUUUCCGCACCGUACCCAAGGCCCUCAUCCUGCUCUUCCGUAUGAGUGUCGGUGAAAACUGGAAUCAGUUCAUGAUCGAUUUCGCGAAUAUCGUUCCACCUUACUGCACGAGUUCGGAAAAGUAUUACGACGGUGACUGCGGUAGUGCGCAAUGGGCUUAUGCACUAUUCGUGUCCUGGAAUAUCAUCAGCAUGUACAUCUUUGUCAACCUCUUCAUCUCGCUGAUCUACGAGAGUUUCUCAUACGUCUAUCAGCGGAGUAGUGGACUCUCGGUCAUCAGCCGGUUGGAAAUUCGACGGUUCAAGCAGGCUUGGGCCGAAUUCGACCCCAGUGGUAAAGGCUACAUCACCAAAGAGCAAUUCCCGCGAUUCCUGGGCGAGCUGUCGGGUAUCUUCGAGAUGCGAAUUUACGAUGGUGAUUUCACUGUGAACAAGAUCUUGAAAGACUGCUGCGUGGACGUCCCGUUCAAUACUUCGGCUCUACCCCUCGACCUGGACCACAUGCCCGCGAAACGAGAAGUCGACCUGGCCAAAUUGAACGCGCGACUCGCGGAGAUGCCAAUCGAUGAAGUCCGCGCGCGCCGGAAACGUAUGAACACAUUCUACGAGGAGGUCCUCGUCUCGGCGGAUCCCGAUCGUGGAAUCUCGUUCAACGCGCUCCUGAUGAUCCUCGCCCAUUACAAGGUCAUCAACGAAAGCAAGAGCUUGAAACUGGAAGAAUUCCUCCGCCGACGAGCACGGCUCCAGCGUGUUGAGGAAGCCGUUCACCGUAACAUCGUCGUCGGCUUCUUCGAUACACUCUACUGGGCCCGCCGCAUGAGGCGAAGACGGGAUUCUAAAGGAGAAGGCCGCAUGACUGCUAUCCCGAAAUUCGUCGGUGUCCCCGAAAUCUACGUCCACGACGAAGGCGUCGGCAGCAGCAGCAACGUCGGCGGCGGCGGCGGUGGCGGCGGCGGUGGUGGUGGCAGCGGUGGUGUCCCAACGCGCCGCUUCGACGUUCCCGCCGUAAGCAUCACGACCGUCGACCCCGAGAGCCGCAGCAGCAGCUCCGACCGCACGGGCCGCCCGUCCACCACCAGCAUCUCCGAACCAGGCGACCGCCUCGGCGGCAUCUCCAGCACCGGGGUCCGCAGCCGCAGCAACUCCGCCCAGCGCACCACCCCCAGCAACUCCCCGACCCGCGAAGCCACCACCACCCACCUCUCGCCGCGCCACGCGCCUUCCUCGUCGGCCAGCGGCAUCGUCCAGCCGGACUGGCACUUCGCGCAGGCCAUCGAGGGCACCUCCCCGCCGCCGAGCCCCCGCACGAGAAUGGUGGCGGGGACGGGGAUCGACGGCGGAGGCAGCGAGACGCCGACGGACGUGGCGGCCAGGAGCCGUGCGAAUUCGGCGCUCAGCCAGAACGAGAUGAUGGGCAUGUUUCAGGACUCGGCGUGGGGCCAGAGCAUGCGCAGGAGCUUCACGAUGAAGAGGGGAAACAGCCAGUUGGAUCGGAGACCUUCCUCGUGAGGAGGGUUGGACGUUUCACGCGAUCGAUGGUUUGUUCCGUUUUGUUUUGCUCGUCUAUUUUGAUGUGGGUUGGCGGAGGCAGUAGUAUCGAGGGCGUUGUGACUAGAUCGGGCGCCUCUGUCUCUUCUCGUUUUUGUAUCAUUCAUGUUUUGAUUUCUAUUGUUGCUGCUGCUGCUGCUGCUACGGCUUUUUGACUGGGCCAAGCACGUCUUCGCUAUUCUCGUUUGAUGCAUAAUGAUAUCCUCUUUCGCCGGACUCAGUAGCUGCCAGUGCACGGCUUGCUCCAUCCGCACUGCCUACGGCGGAUUCGGUGUACC